AGUGUUACUGGAGUAUUAAAAAGCAAUCGAUGAAUUCACCUUCAGUGAGGUGCAGGGUAUGCGAUUGGGAUAAGACCCUACUGAGGACAGGCUUACUAAAGAACUAUCGAGAUUCGUCAGACUUCAACUGUUUUAAGAAUAAGAUGAAGAAUGUCGCCAACGUGUUGUCUUUUCUCUUAGCUAAAUGUCUGGCCUUAAAAUCCGUUAUGUUUAAAGUGAUCCCUACAUUAAGUGCUGACUGCGUAAAAACAAUUUGAAUUUGUCGAUAUUUUAGUGUAUUUAUGUCAGAAGCUAGGAUUAUAUGGCUUUUUGUUUACAUUUGGAUUAAUCACAUUAAGGGGAAAGAUUGUGAUUAGCGAACAGUCGGAGGAAUACACAUUUCGUAGAUUGUGGUAAACGCUAAGAUCAACAUUUUUACGAGUGUACGGGUAGUGCUGUCAUCAUAAUCAUCAGCAGGUGAUGACCUAAAUGGUUUAAAACCCGAAGUGUAUUAAAGUGCAAUCCUGUCUGAACGUUAUCAACGCUUGUUGGCAAAGCACACCAACAGCAGCUGAUCCCGGACCAGGCGUCGGAGCUCGGCGAUCUGUUCAGGGGAUAAAAUCGCUAACGUGAGUGGAGUCUUGUAAAUACUGUAUAAAGCCGUGGGAGCAGUGGAAACUGGGGUUAGUAAUGAUAACGUGUUAAAGUGCUGUCCCCUGGGGCGCCAAGAGAUGAUCAGGAUGAGCUGAUUUCUGACCAAUGGCGGUGAAGAGAAGGAGAAAGGCAUCUUCUCUGGUCCUGUCUCUCUACAGUCCACUCUUUAACACCAUCUGCCCUCAGUCUUAACCGGAGCAUGACGCACGCAGACACUGACAGAAGAGCGCUGUGUCUGCCCUCUCCCAGCUCGACAGGCCACGCAGGAGCGCUUAUUCAUUCUUUGAUUCAAAGAAAUUAACUAAGCCUGAGGCUACCGAAAAAGAAGCAGAAUACGGUGGAGUACUGGAGUUAACUUCAAACUUUUAAAGCAAAGAGAUCAUAUCUUUAAGGAUACCUUCCCUCUCCUGGAUCUUUUUGUUACCCGCUGCUGCCAUGUCGUUGUCUCUGUCAAGCAUUUCUACAGUGAAGGACAAGAGUUAUCACUUAGAGACUCUUAACAGUCCUGGUAGAAUAUCCGGUUACUACCCCAAUGUGUUCCCCAGCUCUCAAUACAUGGACGUCUUCAGGAGCGCACGGAGUGUUGUCCACCCUCUGAAGUCUCUUGGACGCCUGGUCACGGACACGCAAGCAGUCAUGCCUUUCAACUUUAACGGGGUUCCGACUUUCCUAAACAAUCCCCAUCCUCACCAAGCAGCAGCCCUGCACGAACAGUUCUUCAGCUUGCUGCCGUCCGGGUUACCGCUCCUCAACAAACCGCAGCCCCCUGUCCCCAGCGCGUUCUACUCCAAACACGAGGAGACGCCAGCCAGGGCGCCCGAGAAGCUCCCAGGAUCCCUGUCGGAUUUCAGCAGCCCCCAAAGCGAGAAAUCCGCUCUCUCGUCGUCGUCUUCCCCGGGGAAAGACGUUUUUCUCGGCCUUCACAACUCGGGUCCCCUGGUUGACAAAGCGCGCACUUUCAGUUUCAGUGAAGAGGACCUGUACACUGUUCUCUACGGUUACACUCAACUGGCCAGGGAGCAGAGUACUGGCCACGCAAUAUCCGGACUGGUUUUCCCUGAAAAUACAGCUCCUGAUUCUCAGUUUCAUCUUCUAGAUAACGAGUCCCUUGUGCUACCAGAAGGGCUGUCUGUUCUCCAGACGAAAUACGGGGGAGUUACUCAUUCCGGCGUUUUCGCCAAAACUUUAAUUCCGAAGGAAACCAGAUUCGGACCUUUCCAGGGCAAAGUCGUAAACACCAGUGAGAUCAAAACCUACGACGACAACACGCUUAUGUGGGAAGUUUUCGAGAACGGCCAGCUGAGUCAUUUUGUGGAUGGAAGGGGAUCGUCCGGUAACUGGAUGUCUCUGGUGAAGUGCGCCAGGUUUCCGGAGGAGCAGAAUCUCGUGGCUGUCCAGAGCCAAGGGCAGAUAUUUUACGAGACGUGUAAGGAAAUCCGACCCAGGCAGGAGUUACUGGUCUGGUACGGAGAUUGUUACCUGCAGUUUCUGGGAAUUCCCCUCACGCUGAAGGAGACGGUAGUGGAAAAGAACACCCAUCCCCAGAGUGAAGAAUCUGGAGAAGGCUUCAAGUGUGAACGGUGCGGGAAAGUGUUCGCUUACAAAUAUUACAGAGACAAGCAUUUGAAGUACACGCGCUGUGUGGAUCAAGGGGACAGGAAGUUCCCUUGUCAUCUCUGCAGCAGAUCCUUCGAGAAGAGAGAUCGACUCAGAAUUCACAUUUUGCACGUCCACGAGAAGCACAGACCUCACAAAUGUUCGGUGUGCGGAAAGAGUUUUUCUCAGUCGUCCAGUCUGAAUAAACACAUGCGAGUGCACUCAGGGGAGCGGCCGUACAAAUGUGUUUAUUGCAAUAAGGCAUUCACGGCAUCCAGCAUCCUGCGCACCCACAUCAGGCAGCAUUCUGGCGAGAAACCCUUCAAAUGCAAACACUGUGGGAAAGCCUUCGCCUCCCACGCGGCCCACGACAGUCACGUUAGGCGCACACACGCCAAGGAUAAACCGAACACGUGCGAGGUUUGUGGGACUUGUUUCCAGGAGGCGGCGGAGCUCCAGAACCACAUGAAGACCCACACAGGUAGACCACUGUUAGAACCUGCUGUCCCUUCAGAUUUUAAGAAUUCUUCAAUUUCUACAAAUGGCACUGUGGAAGGGGAGGAUUUGUACUCCCAAACCAAAGACUGCUCAAAAAAGCAAAGGAGUCUAGGAGAAGCCUACUCCUACAUAGGAAACUCUAAUCUCCCAGUCCUCAAUCCAGAGGGAUAUAGGCCUUGGAACUAAAGAAAAGGAUCUAAACGUUGAAAAUGUAAAAUAGAUGCCCCUGCAUGUACUGUAUGUAGUGCAAAACAUUUUAACAUUUACCUUU